GAACUGCGAUCGCUCCACGUGAAUAUUGUUGUGCUCUGCAUAAGAUAAAAAUGUGAAAUGUGCAUGCGAAUUAAUUGUUGAGAAUUUUUUAACUAAUAAACUCACUAAAUUGCGUCGUGACGGAUUCAAAAAGUUGAAGUGUGUUUCUUGCAUAACGAAUCUACCACAAUGGGCGGAGAUAGGAAAGGAAAGGGCUUCAAUCAAAAGGGACCCCAAGGUCAGCGUGUAGGCAAGAAAGGCAAGAAAAAGGACGGUGAUGUCAAUGCAAAGAGUUGUGCUCAGCAGAUUGCCGUAGACUCGUCUGCAUUUGAUGGUAAAUAUGACGAAGCCAAUCCAUUACUCUUGCCACAAAAGCCGAAGAAGGAAAAGGGACAACAUAAGGAGGAAGGGGGUGCAGGCAGAGUUCAGUUUGCUAAAAAAUUAUUGAGCAAGAAGCAGCGGAAACGACUUCAGCAAAUUGUUGACCGCAGAGAGAAAAAGAGUGGAAGAGCAGAACUGUUGGAAGAACUUCAGAAAUAUCAAUUGCCUGCGGAAACAUUUCAGAAACUUACUCCGCUUGUCCAAGUGCAAACAGAAGGACUGAAGAAACUUUUUAGUCAGAUCCAGAAGGAUAAAGUCUUGGAAGACGAAAAGGAACGUGUUCGAAAAGGAAAUAAGCGAGCGCGAGGAGAAAGUGAUGAUGACGAUGAUGAUCACGAUGAAGAUAUUAAUUAUGGGGUAUUGGCUGUUGCUGAACCAGUAAAGAAGAAAUUAAGACCAAAGAGCAGUAUCAAAGGUGCCAACAAGCUCAAGAACCAAAACCAACACAAGUUUAGAAGUUGGAGUGGACGAUUUGGGGUGAAAGGUGUUGAUAAGAAAAAUGAUCCAAAAGUUUUGGGAUUUGAAGAAGAAUCGUCUUCUGAUGAAGAUGUGUCAAAUGACUUGGAGAGCAUACCACUAGCAAUUAAGGAAGAAGAAACUUCAACGAAUUAUAACGAGGAAGAUUUUGCUGGCGAUGACCAAGUAGAAAUUGUCCCUGAGGAUGAAGAAGCUAAGACAAAAUCUAACAUUGUUGAAGUAAUCAAUCUCACCGGAGGAGAAAUUCCUCCAGAAGUCAAUGGUCUGACUGAAUCCAAGAAGGCUAAAAAGGCUAAAAAAAAACAGUUAUCAUCUGAAAAGAAUGACAUUGUCCCCCCCCGUGUUGCAAAAACAUUUGUGCCUGUUCAUCGAACAAAAGAAAUUGAGCUUGUCCGAAGCAAAUUGCCAAUUAUUCCUGAAGAACAGAUAAUUAUGGAAUCGAUAACGGAAAAUCCUGUGACUGUACUAGCGGGGGAAACCGGAAGCGGUAAAACCACCCAAAUUCCUCAAUUUCUGUAUGAAGCCGGGUACUCUUUAAAUGGGAAAAUCAUUGGUGUCACGGAACCGAGAAGAGUUGCAGCAAUAGCGAUGUCAAUGCGAGUCGCCAAAGAGCUUAACCUUCCAACUGAUGUGGUUUCUUACCAGAUUCGAUUUGACGGAAAUGUAACUCCCAGAACACAAAUUAAGUUUAUGACAGACGGAGUGUUACUAAAGGAAAUAGAAAGAGAUUUUCUUCUCUCAAAAUACUCUGCCAUUUGCGUCGAUGAGGCUCACGAAAGAUCCCUUUAUACUGACUUGCUCAUAGGACUAUUGUCUCGUUGUGUUCACAUCCGGAAAAAAAGGAAUGACCCACUAAAACUUGUUAUCAUGUCUGCUACGAUGCGAGUAGAAGAUUUUGUUGAGAAUGCCAUCUUAUUCAGAUCUCCACCUCGUCUAAUCCACGUUCCCACUCGACAAUUCCCAGUGCAAGUGCAUUUUAGCAAGUUUACUCCAGAAAAUUAUCUCGUUGCCGCAUAUAAAAAGGUGGUUCAGAUUCAUAGAAAACUCCCUCCAGGGGGAAUUCUUAUUUUCCUUACGGGACAACAAGAAGUGAGAACUCUUGUAAAACAACUUUGCAAGAUAUUUCCGUCUGCAUCAGAACAAGAUGAUUGCGAGGAUGUUUCAUCGUUUGUGCCGUCUUCUACGAGUAAAAAACGCAUGUCCAAAUUUAAGAAGAAAGAAAAGUCGAAAGAAAUUCGAACGUUAGCUUCAAAGUUAAAAACAUUUGACUUGGAAAAGUUACAGGCCAACCCACUGAAGAGCGAGGAAGAGGAAGAUGAAAACGACAACUUUGAAGAGUCUGAAGAUGAGGACAACGAGUGGGGUGAUGAUAUAUCUGGUCCAAAAGAACCCCUUCAUGUUCUUCCAUUAUAUUCCAUGUUACCUAAUAAAGAACAACAGAAGGUAUUUGAAUCGCCACCUAAUGGGACAAGAAUGUGUGUUGUUGCUACAAACGUAGCAGAAACGUCGCUUACAAUUCCUUCCGUCCGUUACGUCGUGGAUUGUGGAAAGGUAAAGCAGAAAGUUUGGGACAAGCUUACUGGAGUUCAACAAUUUCAGAUAUGUUGGGAAUCCAAAGCAUCCGCUGAACAAAGAACGGGUCGCGCCGGUCGUACUGGACCAGGACAUUGCUACCGACUUUUUUCGUCCUCUGUAUUUACGGAUGAGUUUAGUGCAUAUUCCAAACCAGAAAUACAAGUCAGACCAGUUGACGAUAUGAUGCUGCUAAUGAAAUCAAUGGGGAUAGACCGAGUCCAAAACUUUCCUUAUCCUUCCUCACCUGCCACUGCGCAACUAGUCGCUGCUGAAAAAACACUGUUAUCCUUGGGAGCAUUGCAAACUAAGGAAAAGUCAACGCUGAAGCCGAGGGUGUCAAAUAAAUCAUCUCUUCAUCUAGAAGACAAUACAAUAAUAAGCGAAUUAGGAAAAACAAUGUCGCAUUUUCCUCUGGGUCCUAGAUUUUCUAAAAUGCUCGCCUUAAGCUUUCAUCAUUCCUUAGUGGAAUUUACGAUCGCACUUGUUUCUGCUCUAACCGUUCAGGAAGUAUUCCUUGAUGCCUCAUUACAUGAUUCCGGAAAAGAUGUGAAAUCUAGCUGGGCUGUACUGAGAAGAAAAUGGGCUGGAAGUGGUUCUUCGUUCCUAUUAGGCGAUUGUAUGGUACUUCUGAGAGCAGUUGGCGCUUUUGAAUAUUCAGGAGGGACUCCUGAGUUUUGUCUAAAAACUGGUCUAAGAUUUAAGGCGAUGAAUGAAAUUAGAAAACUUCGAAAACAGCUCACAUCUGAAGUAAACUUGAUGGUGUCAGAAGGGGAGGAAGUGCCUCUUAAUCCAAACAUGGAACCUCCCACGGAAGAACAGGCUGUCCUUUUACGACAGAUUAUUCUCAGUGGACUUCCAGAUCGAGUGGGACGAAAGAUUUUAGAGUCUGAAUUAAGAGAAGGAGAAGACCCUAAAGUCUAUAGACAUGCGUAUCGGUGUGAUGAAUUAGAAGAUCCCGUCUUUCUUCACACAUCGUCCGUCCUCCGUUCAACGAAACCUCAAUGGAUCGUUUAUCAAGAGGUGUUUGAAUCCAAUGGAAAAAUGUACCUUCGUGGCGUCUCUGCAAUAGAGCCAGAUUGGAUCCCAUUAUUUUGCAAAACAUUAUGUAAAUUGGAAAAUCCAUUAAAAGAUCCACCUCCAUUCUUCAACAAAGAUAAAGGUGACGUGUACUGUUCUGUAAAAGCUACAUAUGGAAAGCAAGGCUGGGAACUUCCUAUAGUUGAGACGGAAUAUCCCAUAUUCCUCGAAAAGUUUAAACUGUUUGCUCAAUUUCUUUUGGAGGGUCUCGUAUUUCCAAAACUUGGCAAGUGGCGAGAGAAACUGUUAUCAAUGCCAAUUACGAUGACCAAGCCUUGGGCGAAGUUACAACCUCGCACCCAAACAUUGCUGCUCCCUCUCACCAAAAAUGGAAUCCAUUCUAAAUCUCUAUUAGAAGAAAGAUGGAAACUGGACCAGUCGUUUUUACUCUCAGAGUAUUUGACAUGGCUUCCAGACGAUAUACACAAUGAAGUAAAGUCUGAAUGGCCUCCAAUUGAGUCAUCAGUAGUGUAGCUAGAAUAUAUUUUUUAAAUUUGACAAUCGUGUUUGCAUUAGUACUGGUUACGAGACAUUAUUAUUAUAGCAAGAUUGAAAAUACAAAAAUUGUAAAUCGGAAAA